UAUUAUAACAUCGAAAUAAAUAGAUUUUAAAAUGUCUUCGCCGUUGGAAAACUUGGAAACUCAAUUAGAAAUGUUCAUUGAGAACGUCCGUCAAAUACGUAUCAUUGUCAGCGACUUUCAGCCGCAAGGCCAGAGCGUCUUAAACCAAAAGAUUCAGUCACUCGUAACUGGCCUUCAGGAAGUCGACAAGCUGAAAUCUCAAGUUCAAGAUAUCCAUGUUCCUACAGAAGUGUUUGACUACAUAGACCAGGGCCGCAACCCACAGCUCUACACCAAAGACUGCAUUGACAAGGCCCUGGCCAAGAACGAGGAAGUGAAAGGCAAGAUUGACUCCUACAAGCGAUUCAAGAGCCAUCUCCUUGGUGAACUCGGAAAGACCUUCCCUAAUGAAAUAGCUAAAUAUAAAGCUAUUAGGGGUGGUGAAUAAGUUCGAGAUCUUCUGGAAUUCUUUUACCUUUAUAUUGUAGUUUACAGCCAAAAGGUACUUAGUUGGUUGUCAAUAAGGCAAAUUAAAGAGGGAUUAUUAUUACUGAC